AACAUUUCACAGCACGUGCUUAGACCGCGUGGCGUUGUUUGUUCCGCCAUCUUAGCUGUCACUGAGCGGUGGAUGGGUGUUGGAAAUCAAAAUGAGCGAUGAGGAAAGAGAUGUGGAUAUAGAGAGUGAUGAGGACGACGAUGAUUUGGGGACAUCGUUUGGUUCCGGGCUUGCUGGCACAGAGUUUAUGUCACAGUCUGAGAAGCGUGCUCACCAUAAUGCCUUGGAAAGGAAAAGACGUGACCACAUAAAAGAGAGUUUCCAUAGCCUAAGAGACUCUGUACCAGCCCUGCAAGGAGAGAAAGUAAACGUAUCCCGAGCCCAGAUCCUGAAGAAAGCUGCAGAUUAUAUCCAGUUUAUGAGGAAGAAAAAUCACGGUCAUCAAGAAGAUAUUGAUGAUUUAAAAAAGCAAAAUUCAAUUCUAGAACAACAAAUUCGUGGAUUGGACAAAGCUAGGAGUACAGGACAGUUUGCCCAGUCGGGCACAGUUAGCUCGAAAAAUAGUGCACUGACAUUUGAUGGUGGAUCUGAGUCUGAAAGCUCAGCAGAAGGUGAACUAUCACAAGGUCGUCGGAAAAAGUUAAAAACUGAAUAACAGGAUUAUUAGGCUAUAUAUUUUUUCUUCUGUCGUGACUAUCGGAUGGCAGGCCAUGUGGUUAGACGGAAAGCUGGUGUAAAGACAUAUCGCUGGCAUGUGGGAAAUCCAAGUGUGUAUGUAGUGUGGAGUGAAGCCAAACAGGAUCUAAAUCAUAAUGUACAGAAUAAGAUGGAACAACUGUUUUAUAACUUUUUUAACUUCACGCUCAAUCCCAUUGCUGCAUUUGGUGAUUGAUAUAUAUAUACGUCAGACAGUCCACGUGGAAUUCAUACUCAAUUAGAUCUCAUUCUUUUAUAAAUAUCUGAGGGGAGAGAGCUUUGACCCCUCACUCUGUGGAUAGCAAUUGCAAUCAACUAUAAACAUCAAGCCCAGGACUUGUUAAAGCUUGAAGAUCUAAGAUCUAAAACUGUAAAAUAAUUCAGAAAUGAUAAGUUGAUCAAAGUGCUUCUCUUGAAAAAGGUGGAAAAAACAGAUGGUCAUAAAUCUAGAGGAAGUUAGUAUUUCAUUUUCUUCUUUUGAUUAGUUGUAUAAAUUGUGGGCCAGUCAAAAGCCAAGGCUAUUUUAGUAUGUACUGGUUGAUACAUUUAAAAGGUGGUGUUUGAACUGAACUGAUUCUUUGAAAUGUACUUACAUGCACAUUAACUUAACAAAACCCACAACUUCCACUACUGAGUAAUAUUGAGAUGAUGUCAGGUGAAAUUUUAAGUUUAUGAAUUAUUUGUCUAUUUAUUUUAGAGUGACAUAUGCAUGAAAUUAACUAAAGGUGAAACGUGUGAAAAUUAAUUAUUUUUCAGUAACAGGCAUUUGGGUAAAGUGAAUUUCCUGUAUACUUACUAGCUUAUGAGUGCAAACAAUGUCCUGAAAGUGUACCUUCCAGCUACUACAUAUUCAAAGUACCAUGUCUGUAUGUUAAUUGGCAUCAUUUGGUUUCUUACACCUUUGGUUAAAUUCACCUAUUUGUAAAAGAUGUGAACUUGAGUGUAUAAUGUCACACAUAUUAUUUACUGAUACCAAAAUCAAUGAUAAAUGCUGUACAUGUAUGCUGCAAGAGUGUCACUUUAACAUCUAUUGGUGCAAAUGUUCUUGGUGAUAAAAGUCAUUGUUUUGAAUGUUGUACAUUGAAAGUGUAGUUUUCUUAUACACCUCUAUGCUUUAUACAUGGUAUUACGGUAGAUUCAAUGAUUCAGUUUGACAAGGAUUCAUGAGUUAUUGAAAAUCUUGUCUCUUACAACAAGAAAUUUUUUAAAAGUCUGUAUCAUAUGUACAUGUCUGCUAGAUUAGAUUUUCAUUGUAAUCCAAGUCAUGUUGUGAAUCUUCUAAGGAUCUGAAAAGAGGUGAGAAACACAGAUGAGAUUGGGUGUUUUAGCUUUAUUUAACAAAUUUAAACUGUGUAUGAGUGAUAUACAGAUGAACUAUAACGUUUUAAAGUGUAUAUAUAUGGAAUAGCUGUUAAUUCUAAUGUUGAAUUUGGCACAAAACAUCUUAAUUCUGCAAAUCUAUUGGAACAGAAGUGCUAUAAUGAUUAAUAAUGAAAUAAAUGUACCUGAUUAUGAAUUUGUGGUCUCCUAGUCCAUUAGUCUGGCCCUUCUUUUGUUUAACUUUAUAUCAACAUCUUUUCUGAGAUUUUUUUAAUUUCCACAUAAUUUUAAAGUAAAACUCGAGUGUUUUGAAACUGAAGCAUCGAUAUUUCUGACUGCCAUUGCCCAAGGGAUAUCAAUCUGAAAGUGGUAAUGGUUGCAACAGAAUUAGGGUGCUUAAUUAGUUUGAAACACUCGGAAAGCAUCCAGAUAAUAUACAAAUUGAAAUCCUUUUUGGUUUAAAACAUAAUCAAAGACCACAAAGUUGUAAAAACAUGAAAUAUUUGUGUAUAAAUGUAAAUUUUAAGCAUAUUUUUAUCUUGUUUACAAAUCCCAAAUUCCAAAAAUCAAACAUUUAACUCUAAAAGAGGGAUUUGUAACAAAGAGAUUUGUGAUUCUGUCUUCCCAACAGGGAGCCCUUAGUUUGGAGGUGUCGUUUCCUAGUCUCGGCUUGGUCUAUUUUGUGUAGCUGAGUUGAGUCAUGUCAUUACUCAUUCUUUUGUAUAUCUGGACUUACGACACACCUGACUUAUAGGUAGAUGUGAAUGUUGUACAAAUUAAUAAACAUGUAAAAUCAUU